AGCAAGGUUGGUGUGUAUUUAGCAUGCUCAUAUACAACUCAUUUAUCCUUUCACACAUCAUGUCUUAGGGAACAGUCUUCAAUGAGGGGUUCAGAAGGAGUGGACACCCCAUGGCUCCCCAUGUCUCCAACAUUGGCCAGCUUCUUUGGGAAGCAGACAAUGAGCUCAUGCGAAUGGAAACAGAGGCAGGCGAGCCUACAGAUGAAAAUAGGGACAAAUUCAUUCACUAUUUGUUGGAAGGCACUAAAAAUCUAGCUCCCGAUCUUGCCCUGGAAAAUAGCGAUCUCAUCAGUCACAUCAUCAGCUGCAGUACCAGCAUUCUUCAUAUCUCCAUGAACAAAUGUGACAUCCACACAAAUCCCAACCCAACCUCUUUAUUUGAGGACAUAUUUGAGAUUUUUCGGACCAUCUCGUUGCUGCUGGGUUCGGCAACAACGCAAAGGAUUGUCAUCAAGCACCCAACAGGCGCCAUCUAUCAGAGCAGUCACACACCUGAAGACCUCGGCAAUGUAAUUCUGGGCUCAGUGGAAGAUGGCGAGUACAUCAUAAUGCCCCCAUAUUCUGUUCUUCAAAGCCACAUCGGACAGUACCGAAAACUCUUGGCUCAGAUGGCUACUUUCUCAGAGAAUCCGCAUCCAUCUGACGAUAACAUCUCAGGAACAGUUUGCAGCCUUUUACUGAACAAUGGCGUGUCAGAUGUUGAGUUGGCCAACCUCACACAGAUGAUAGAGAUCUUCAUGCCCCGCCCCAAUGCUCCACCACCAACGAACCACACGGUCAAACUUGAAGGCAAUUCAAAGGCACUGACCACGUUCAACGUCUCGGACCCCAAUGUGACCGUCUUUGUCAGAGUGGAGCCCAGUCGAAAUGUGUCUUUGGUUCUUACGCUGGCUCAAGGGUCACCUCCUAAUUCCAGCUAUUUUGCCAACACAACCAUCCUGAGCCAAAUAGGAGGCUAUCAGUGGAUGAUAACCCCAGAGAUGUUACAGCAGAUACCCGGGGUGUGGUAUGUCAGCAGCGAACUCUUCAACUCCACGUGGGAGCCAGGCCUGACACUGAGCAUCACCUCUUUCAUGACCAAGUGCAUGUACUGGAGCAUAGACAGGCAGACGUGGAGUACAGACGGCUGCCAGGUUGGGGAGCAAAGCACUCCAGCACACUCACAUUGUCUCUGCAACCACCUCACGCUUUUUGGAGGUUCUUUCUUCGUGAUGCCUAACUACGUGGACAUAACACGCACAGCAGAGUUGUUUGGGACUGUGUCUCAAAACUACGUGGUGUUGUCUCUGCUCUGUGCUUUCUUCAGCCUCUACCUGCUUACUCUCAUGUGGGCCUGCUAUGCCGACCGCAGGUCACUUUCCCGAAGGAAAAUGACUCUGCUGGAAGACAACCAUCCAUGUGCACAGUACAACUAUCUGAUCAGUGUCCAAACUGGCCACCGCAAGAAUGCAGGCACCACAGCUAAUGUCACAGUGACGUUGAUUGGCUCGGAGGGACAAAGUGACACACACCACCUCACAGAUCCCGACAAGCACGUGUUCGAGAGGGGAGCUUUGGAUAUGUUUCUGCUGGCCACACCCUUCCCGCUGGGUGAAGUGCAGAACCUCAGGCUGCAGCACGACAACUCUGGAGGUCAUCCGUCAUGGUAG